CUGGAGUCAUGUGACGAAAUUUUUAUUAUCGCGAUAACUGUUUCUUCCUGGAGCAAAACAAAUAACAGCUGAUGUGUUGCCAAAUGUCACUUCGCUGGCGUUGAUCACAUUGUUUUACAAAGCUCGAGACUGGUCUGAAACCACGCCUAUUUGCUAACAAGAACCGCCUUCAUGUAAAGAUAACACAGACAUCUAGGUCCUUGUUUAUCAUCAGUAGUCACAAGCCUUAGGGUGAAUGUGGUGAGAGGAACAAGGUGGGAAGGAUAUGACAGAUGGAGGCUGUGAGACAAAAGAAGUCCAAGACCAGUAGCAGGUCUCAGGACAGAAAACAGAGGCAGAGUGGACGAGUGAAGAGUCCCACAGCUCUCUCUGCUGGUUGUGAUGAGAAACCUGGUGCUGCUGCCCCGCCCAGCUCUGAGUUCACAGACAUCCCCCUCAGUCUGCCCAACGAGGGGACAGAGCCACAACAGGGUCUGGCAGAGUUAUCAGAGACUUUAUCAGAGACAUCACAACCAUCAACACAGAUAUUACCACAGACAUCAGAGGAAUCAUUACCAGCAUCACAGACACUAUCAUCAUCCACAUUAUCACAGACAUCAUCAUCAACCUCACCCCAGACACUAGAAAAGCCCUCUGAGACAGAGCCAGAGAAGAGGGAUGAGGGGAGAGGAGAGGCCCAAGGGGCUGAGCUCAGAGCUGAACCACCGAGCACUGAGGUGGGGAGAGAGACCCAAAACAAAACCCACAUCCAGAUUCAGGCCUGCAUAUCUACGACGCUUGAGACACCCUUGGCCCCCAGCGCUCCUGCCCUCUACCCCUCACUACCCACACUGGAGGAGGGCUCCCUGAUGCAGCUGCAUAAGGAGGCUCUGCGGGCCUGUGGGACAAGGGGCCCUGCUGUUCUGCCUCUAGGGGAGCAGGAGUGUCCUCUCAGUCUGGAGCCUGUUGUGGAACUAGCUCCAUCUGAGGGCUCCAGGACCAGACUGUACCCUGAACUACCCCAGCCCAGCCCAGAACUACAGGCAUUCUCGUUGGAGCAGCUGAGUGUGUGGGAGCCAGGUGGGGGGAUGUGUGUGUGGGUGGAGGGGGUGGAGGUGUGUGCAGCCCAGUUCGCAGUGUUGGCCCGGCAGGAAGGCCACGAGCUGACAGAACUCCUGCAGAAUUACUGGCGCUGCCGCAGACAGCUGACACACGCACACACACAGCUCCACACACACACCUCCGACUGUAACACCACACAGAACCGACUCUGGAGCUUCAGAGAUGAGCAGCUCACACUUCAGGGUGUGUGUGGGGACCAGUCUAAGGUGUAUGGCUACCACCGCUUCCAGCAGGCUGACUUCAGUGAGGCUGUGUUGGUGGAGCUGCGGAAGCUGUUCGAGGCCCGCUCUGAACUCCUGCACCAGAAGGUGGCGCUGCAUGCAUACACAGCUCUGCUGUCACGUCUUCAGGUGGAGUCAUACUUACACUGCCUGCUCCACGAUAUGUGUGGUACCCAGAGUCAGCCCAGCUCCCUCCUCCCCCUGAAGGAGAGCAUCAGUGUUCUCUUCAGCUUCACACGGAGAGUCCUGGACGACACGCAGUUCCAGACAGACAUCCACCUCUGGCUGCAGAGACUGGUGGCAGUGUUACUGCGUGUGGGGGGAUCAGGAGAACACCUCUACCUGUUGAACCAUCUGCUGUGCUGUUCUGCAGGGGUGGGCAAGUGGGCUGCAGCCUUCUUACAGAUCCAGGUCCUGGGAAAUCCCACAGGAGUACAGCAGUUCAUGCAGGCUCUGGCCAUCCUCAUGUCUCCAGUCAGACACCGGGCUGAGUUCAUGAGCCACAUGAAGCCCUGUGAGAGUCAGGGUGCUGCAGCCUCCGGCCCUGAGUCUGGCAACUGGACCCUAGUGGAUGAAGGUGGAGAGGAGGAUGAGGACCCAGAGAGCAGCUGGUUGUUACUGUGUGAGGAGGACCUGAUCUCUCUGCUGUCCCAGUUCCCCUUCCAACAGCUCUUCACACACCUGCUGGAGAUGAGCAAGAAGGGUGUCUAUGAGCCCAAGUCCUGCUCCAGUCAGAAGAUGAUGCGUGUGUUUGCGUUCGCCUCGUCACUGAUCGAGCUGCUAGCUGUGGGUCUGAACACCUACGACAGCGCUCGCUACCGCCAGCUAGUCAAACGCAUCGGACACACCAUACGGAUGACGGUGUGUUACGUCAGUGAUCACUGGGCCCAGUAUGUGAGUGUUGCUGGUCCAGCCCGGCCCAGGACCAUCUCUCUGGAGAAACUACAGCUAGAGUACGACCAUCUGUUCCUCAGAGCUGUACUACACGUCCUCAGAAACAAGAGGUUGGGUAUCUGGCUGUUCAUGUCAGAGAUGCCCUACGGAACCCUGUCCAGUUCCAUGCUGUGGAGAGUUCUGUACGUGAUGCAGUGUGCAGAGACCGCUGCACCGGACGCACUCAACUCUACAGACAACACAUACACCUGCCUACAGGCCCUCAGAGAGCCGAGUCACCAGGAGAGGUUUGAGAAAUGGCUGUGUGAGGUCAACAGUUCUGAUGGAAUCUCUCUCCUCACUGCGCUAGCUCACAUGGCCAUGCCCACCCACCACUCUGACCCCACCUUCAUUACCACUAUAGCUCUCCUCGUCUUCCAGGUGUCCUAUGUCAGUGUGUCUACGAGGGAAACCUACUCGAAGGUGGGGCGGGAGCUGCUGGCCGCCAUAGCAACCGUUCAUCCUUACAUCAUCUCAGUCCUGCUGGACAGACUCAGAGAGACCAUCGAGACAGUCGGCAUGGUGGCACUGUACCUCAGUAAGGAGCUGCCCCUGUUCCUGUGGCAUCCUAGCCCGGAGGAAGUGUGUGUGAUCGGGGGCUGGCUUCUCCAACACCCCCUCUCUGCUGUGGAGAACAGCCUGGCCUGUGUUCUACUGGAAGGGCUGGACUGGGGCUACACACAGGAUGGGACUCUGGCCCUGCCCUCCUCUCUCCACAGUGAAGUUGCUCUGCUGGUGGCAGAAGCCUAUCAGAAAUACCUCACAGACAAGCCAUACAAUGGACUCAUCUCAGAGGGAAUCAAACAGGUGUCCUACCUGGCUAGUGUUCUCCGUCUGGGUCUGUCACCUGAGGCUUCCUUCAGCCAGUGGGCCUGGCAACUGUUGCUAAGGCUGAAGCUCCAUGGCAACACCCAGUACCCUCAAGCAGCCUGGUCCACCCCCGGCUCUGCCCCCAACCCCUCUCCGGAGCUCACGCAUGCCCCAAACAUGCACCCUGUUCUAAGGGCCGUAAAGGCGGGCCUUCCCAUUGGCUGCUACCUGGCCAUUGCCAUGACAACUGUAGGACACAGUCUGGAGGUGUUUUGCACAGAGGGAGUGGAUCUGUUGAAGAACCUGAUUCAGUCUCAACAUCUGAGAGCUGCUGUCCAUCUCCUGGACAACAUCCUCCCUCCUACCUACCCUCUCAGCUUCUACCUGCUGAAGAACACACAGUUUGUGAGCUGUGUCCAGUUGUUCCUGCAGUGUGACGGUGUGUGUCCUCAGGGUGUAACGCAGCAGGUCACCCACAGGGUGGCGCCACUCUUCACUGGAGGCACCUAUGGGGACAUGGUACGCCUGCUCAACAGUGUCAUACAGACUCACGUGGUGGAGAGUUCGAGGCCAGGUCGUGUGGGUCCGGCAGCGGUUCUAGAGUUCUGGGUGGGAAUUCUAACCCAGCAGAACCUGUGGUACCGAGACAGGACCGUUUUAUUCCUGAUGGAUCAGAUCUGUCGUUCCGCCUUCACACACCACCAGGAGGAGUGUGUACAGAGAUUACUGUAUCAGCAGCACAAGAUUGCUUUAGGUUACCAUGGAGACCGGGGUCUGCUCUCUUCCCUGGUUGGUUGGAUUGCUGGAAAUGCCACACCCUCAUUCAUUGAGGGCCAAUCGCUGAGCGGGGAGGUGUGGUUUGCGUGGCUGGUGUUGAACAUGGAGGGGAUGUUUGAGGAGGAUUCUCAGCUGGGACGCUGUGUGGAGCAUGAACUACUGUCUGAUCCAAACCUCUCACCUGAUCAGGCUCUGAAGAAGGCCCAGCAGAGGUUGAAGCUCCCAGUGGCUCCAUCUCUGCAGCGGCUGCAGGUGUACAGGUGGGCGUGUCAGGCGUUGUCCACACCCCCUGACCACCCGCUACUCCCCCUCGUCUGGCAGAGGUUCCUGCAGCUCUACCUGAGACAGCCAGGACCUGAGUAUGGUCUGGAUGCAGGGGGCUGUAUUGGUCGUCGGUUCUUCCAGGGCUCGACUCAGGCUGUGUUACUGAGAGAUCUGAGACAGAGACUACAGGAGGUGUCUGACUUCCACCACGCCGCCAGCCAGGCCCUGAGGGUGCCCCCCACACACACACCCAGCCAGGGAGAGGACCGCCCCAACUCCCGUCCACAUCUCUUCCUCACAUCCCCACAGAUACACACAGAGCUGGUCAGGCUGUUUGGUGUGUUUGCCGUGUGGUUGGACGAUGAGACUCUUCAGAAGAAGGAAGUGUAUCUGCCCUCUCUCCCACCACAGUAUGACCCCCAAAGACUGGCCAAGGUCAUGCACAAACAACAGGAGCUGUGGGUGGAGUAUGUGGACCAGGAGCGCGUCCAGUAUGAUGAGAGGGAGGUGCUGGAUCUCUGGGACAAAGUGAAGAAUGAACCCACCUUCAUACAGAGCAACAACCCUGCCUUCACUGACUACACCAACCCCAGCGCAGCGAGGAAGCGUAUCCAGUCUAACCUGCAAAAGCACACUAUCCCUCGGCCGCUCCCCGAGCUGCAAUCACAGAGAGCUCCGGUACCAGAGGUCCCCUCUGCCUGCCUCGCUGACCCUGCUGCUGCCUCCACUCUCCUACAGCAGGACCUCUGCUGUCUGCAGGAGCAGGCCAGGUUUGCAGUGUCUCGGGAGGCCCAGCAGGUGGCGUUGGAGUCAGAGCUGCUGGAGAGUCUUCCUCUACUCUACAGGAACAGGCCAGAGCAGGUUACCAUGGCGCUUGAGUGCAGAGGGCAGAGGGGGGGCCAGCCCUGCCAGGGAGCGGCACACAUCACUGUCACGUGCGAGUGUGUACAGAAGCAGGAAGCAGUGGAGACUCAGAUCGUGUCUCUGAGAAGCGACAUUAAGCAGCUGCAGACGGAAGCCAAGACUCCUCCCCCUCAGAGCCUCGCCCAGGCUGCAGUACACACUGAGAAGUUCAUUACUGCUCUGGUGAAUUUGUACAAGGCCAAGCCGACGGCAGCAGUGCAGAGUGUAGGAGUGGCUGCCUUCUACAAGGUAGUCUCUUUCGUCUGUGAGGACACACUCCGCCACCCACCCACUCGCCAGUACCUCUCUUCCUGCGUCGAGAUACUGGGACAGGUUUUUAUCCAGGGCAACCAGGCAGAGUGCGGGCGUGUCCUCAGCACUAUCCUGGAGCAGAGACGUCUGUGUCCCCUCCUCUCCCCCUUCUUCACCCCAAAUGCAGCACCCAAUCAGCUUGUCUCUCUCUACAAGGAAGUGGUGACAUCACUGCACCCUGACAGUGCUGACGUCAUCUUCAUGCUGCUCACUAAGUUUGACCUGAGUACGUGGCUGAGUAAGGCCGAGCCAGUGUUCUCGGAGCGUAGCAGACUGGUAGAGCUGGUCCACACUGCUCUGUGUUCCUGUGGCCGUGACCCCGAGGCUGACCUCCUCACGCCCUUUCACCUCUUCACACGACACUGGACCCUGUUGCUCAGACACCACUUUCCUGACCACUACAGCGACUGCCUGCGCCUGCUCAUGACCAGUUCGACAGAGCAGUUGCUGAGCCCAGAGUGUUGGAGGGUGACUCUGUGUGUGCUUGGCGUCUCUCCUCUCCCCUGCAACACCAAACCCACAGCAGAGCCUUCCGGUACCGCAGAUACCCCCAAACCCACAUCCAUCUCCCCCAGCCAAGCCCCCAUCACCCUCUCUCCUCAGCAGGUGGAGGAGACGGUUGAUUGGCUGUGUGAGUAUUUUCAGCGUUGUCGUCUCAGUAAGCCGGACCUCCGCAGCUUUGGCCUUUACUCCGCCUGGGCGCCAUACGUCAGUGAGGUCACCACGUUCUGGGGAUAUCUGAUUGGUUACCUCAUCGACCUGCAGCUCAGUGCCUGCGCCAGGGAGCCACUGGGGGGAGCCAGAGUGCUGAAAGCCCUGCAGGAUCUACACGGUAAGAUGGUCCGUCUGUUUAAGCCCUGGAUCCUGGUUCUGGAGACAGACGAUGUCAGUAAUCCGAGGUGUUAUCCCUGGUUGGAGUCAGACGCCAACGCUGCAGGCUGUCUUGUGGAUCUCUACACCCAGCUGACCCAAACACUGCACCACAAGUUCAGAGACCGCCCUCCCGGGCAGCGUGGAGCUCUGUGGCUGUGUCUGAUGCAGUACUGUGACAGCUGCAGCUCUCCUCGUACACCAGAGUACCUCCUCUACCUUUACCACACACACCUCGGCAGCCUGCCCUGGACACACCUGCACCCCGAUACACACCUCAUGGAACAGUUGUUCAAUGUGGAGAGAGGAAGUCCUAAGAGCUGCUUCCUGUUCCUAGGGGCAGUCCUCUGUAAGGUCAACUGGGUCAGCGUUCUGAGUGACAGCCUGCAAACUCCAGCCAGCUCUAACACUAACAUACACACAGACUCACACAAGAUGCUGGUCUAUCUACUCUACAUGCUGGUGUUCCUCACUAAAGAAGAGCAGCUUCUCAGCCAACCGGACUCCCCUCUCCUUAGUCUGUUGGUCCAGUCUGUCUCCCUGCCAUGGCACCAGGUGGACCAUUCCUCCUACCAAGGGAUCAUGGGAUAUGUAGGCACCCACUACCCUCACGCUCUGCUGCUCAGCGCAGACUCCGCCGCUCAGACACUGCUCCUAUCACUACGCAGUGCUGCUGGGCUGCGGCCACGCCCCCAUGGGAUGCCAUACUGGGAGGAGACGUUGAAGGCCGGUGUGUGUGUGCGCUGGUGUGUCGAGUGUCUGGUCUCUCUGGAGCAGAGUGGUAGCAUCAGUCUGGCUAACCUGGAGAUGCAGUUAGAGGCACUACUGGAGAGCAUCAUCACCUUCAACCCACCUGAGGUGGGCUUGGAGCAGAGACACAUGGCGUUCUGUAGUCUGUUCUGUGAUUCGUUGGCUCUGCUGAACGGAGUGGGCGUGUCUACAGGCGAGGCCUUGGCAGCUCGUGUCAUUGGUUGGCUGGACAGGAAGGGGCAGGGUUUCCCAGUGCUGCCGCUCCUGACAGCCUGCUCCCGUUGCCUAGCGUCCGUACGCCACAUGACCCGCAUCACCGAGGCUUGCAUCACCGCCUACUUCACCCAUGCGGAAGAGGAGGGUGUCGGGUGGGGUCCUGUGUUGGCGUCCCUGCAGGUGCCUGAGUUGACCGUGGACGACUUCCUGUCUGAGAGCCAAUCAGGAGGCAGCUUCCUGACACUCUAUGCUUACAUCCUGCAGCGCCUCAACACGGAACACACAGUGGCCAAUGAGAAGAGGACGCUCGCUCUACUCAACACAUGGAACAGUCAGGUCUUCCCCAGUGGUCCCUAUGAUGAGGCUAAGUUGUUCCUCUGGUGGCACAAGGCCCUGUGUGUGUAUGUGGAGCAUCUGCAGCAGGGGCUGGGGGAGGUUCCAGCCGUGGUAGCGGGGCUGCUGCGGCUGCAGACACGGCUCUCUCAGAUGGGAGAGGAGAGACUCGGAUCAGGACUGCUGGGGGCUAUAGGAUUGGGCCGCCGAUCACCCCUAUCCAACAGGUUCAGGGUGGUGGUGCGCAGUCUGUCUGCGUUUCUCUCAGUCCAGAUUCCCUCAGAGGACCAGGUCCGCCUCCAGCCCAGCACCGACCAGCAGCUGACUGCUAAAGCACAACAGGCUCUGGUUGUGUUGGAGUCCAUGCCCAGCAGUAAACAGUAUGCUGGCCUAAAGGACUCAAUAGGAAAAGCUGUCCAGUUCAUCCAAUACCCAGGACACUGUCUUAGAGAUGGACCUUGCCUCCUUUCUCUGCUGGCCAACCUCCUCUACCCAGACCAAGGAUACCUCAACAUCAUACGAUAGCAGCGCCAGUUAGCAUCGGCUAGCACUGUGACACAGUAUGCUAAACAGGAAAAGUUAGAAACAACAGUCUAUCCUGUGGUGAAAGUAGGGAACUACGUGGGGAAUAUAGUGUCAUUUGAGAUGUGCACCGAUAUGCUAGUAGCCUACUAGCCAUCGAAUGCUGGAGCUGGACUGAUAGCCAUAAUAGACUGGAUCUCAACAAAGAACAUGAUUUGACUGCUAGUGAUUGUGACACAACUAUAAGUUUAUUAGAGUGUGAUACUUAGGCAUAGAUUCAAUCAGAUCAAGCGUUAUCUGGCAAUAGCCGACGACCGCAUAGCUGAUGUUUUGGCCGUGUAUGAAGUGUAACUACUUUGGAGCUGUCAAACCGGUGAGUGGCUGCACUUGAUCAUCGUCACGAAGCCACACCCGUCCCACUCGCAUUAGUUCAGAACGACAAGGUCUAGGCUAUAUAGAAAUAAUUACGCUCAAAUUGAAAAUCAUUAAGCAAAAUAAUAAAGAUUUCUAUCUUACAUCUCACAUUCCAGUGUUUGAUCUUGUAGAAAGACUGCAUGGGAUUUCUCUUACUCUUAAUGCCCGCUUUAGGUAUAAUGCCAGGAGCCACUUGUGGAUUUGACAACAAUAAAGCAGUUUCCACCUCAGACACUAUCAAAACGACCGGAUGUUGGCUAAAUCGGAUCUGAUUAAAUAGACCCCUUACUGUCUCUGUUCGGCUUUCUCUCUCUCUCUCUCUCUCUCUCUCUCUCUCUCUCUCUCUCUCUCUCUCUCUCUCUCUCUCUCUCUUUCUCUUUCUCUUUCUCUCUCUCUCUUCCCCCACGCAGAUCUAUUUGCUAGGAAUGAGCUUUUUCUUUCUUAAAGGGUGUUGCCUUUUAUUUUUAAUUACUUCAGCAGUUCCUCCACAUUUUGCCUAUGGCUGAUGUUGCAAGUGUUGGAUGACAAUUAUGAAGCAGAGUUAGUAUGAAAAACAAACUCACAGACAUUACCAUAAACCAGUGGCACUGAGUUCACUUAUUCUCUGUGAUCAACAUUUAAUGAUGGAGAUUAUAACUCGUGGUGUUUAACUUAUUUAGAGCUCUUUUAAGUUCAUCCCCAGUGGUGCAUGUGGAGGAAGAUUUUACAUACCAGUAUUAUAUUGCCCAUAUUGAAUGCCAGGGGAUCAACCCAACAGUUACAUGGCCUGCUAUGACUGAAGGUAGAAUGGUUGAAUUGGCUAAAAGUGCUUUUAUUGUUUGUGCCAAAUACACUCAACUUAUCAAUUAGCCUUAGGAAAAACCAUCUUGUCUUCUAUGCUUUGGAGAAGCACACUUGGUUAUUAGUCAUUUAUUCAGGACGUCUCCCAAAUGGCACCCUAUUCACUUUAUAGUGCACUAGUUUCGACCAGGACCGAUGGGACUCUGGUCAAAAGUAUUGCACUAUAUAGGUAAUUGGGCUCCAUUUGAGAUGCAGCCAUAUAUUCCGGAGUACUAUGGUAUGACGCAGCAGCAGGAACAACAGCAGUGAUUUGAUUGUACAGUAUGUAACCUACCUUACUGCCAGCCUGACUAUGGGCUGCCAGGGGCUUGCUCAGGGGGGAGCAAUGUUACAGGACGAUCAGAUAGAAAUGUAAGGCGUAAAACAGACAUGACUCCCUGCUCAGUAGUCUAGAAUGGGGAAGUGCCCCCCCCGAAUGUACUGGCUGUGUGUAUAUGAUCAGCCUCGUCCAAGGAUCAUAAUAUACAGAUGGGUAGUGUUGGGGCUGGGGGGGGGGUAAUCACUUAGGAAUUCACUUUUGGAACAGUGUUUACACACAUUCUCCCCCAGUUCCAACCCUUGGAGAUAUGGUGUUUAGAAGUGUGAUUACGCAAUUUGGAUCUGGAAUAAAUGAUUUUUGAAAUUAAAA